UGCACUGUUUUGAAAACAAUAUUAAUCCAUUUUUUGCAAAAAAAUUGUAUUUUGAACUGGCACUAUGUGUUGCUAUGUAGCAGUGUACAUUUGUUGAUGGUUUGUGAAAAGGCGUGGAGAAAAUUUUGUUUGCGAUUCCUGUCGAAAGACGAAGAAAACAACGACAUAACAAAUGAUGAACUUGGCGAAUGAUUUGUCAUGUUAAUGCGACUUUUACAAUAAGUAAAUUUCAGUGGUUAUUUGUAUAAAAAACUUUUUGAAAUCACCAUAAACAGUCAUUUUUGAUACGUUUCCACUGUGAAUUCCAGAUUUCUGAAAACACAAAAUGGCCGCCGAAGUUGAAGUUCCUCCUCAGAUGGAGGUCAUGCAUAUGAGGUUACCCACUAAAAGUAACCUCACUCAAGUGAGCAUCAAACCUCUUAAGGCAAAAGUCAAGAAACUUGAUCCGUUGAGAGCACUUGAGCCAUCUCGAAAGAAGUUAUCAACCGUUGAAUCCCAAAGAAUCAUGGCAGUUUUAGAUGAAACCAUGAAAAGAACUGAGCUUGUGUCAAUCUUGCCACAAAUUCUUGAAAAUAUUGAUAGAUUUAGUGUGGUUCUUGGUCCGGAGCUUGUGUCAUUGUUGAAAGAACAUAAGGUUUUGAAGGAAAGCUAUGAAGAUAUCACACGGAAACUCGAUGAAGUGCAAGGUACAAGUUCUCUCCCAGAAGAGGAUCCCUUUGAUUACGGAGAGGACUUCUAUACGAGGCCAAGGAGCAAGCCAAGUACACACAGCGCUAAAAGUGAACCCAGUGAAAAAAGUGCUCCUGCAUCAAGACCUGCAUCUGCGGGUGAAAUUGAAGCUCUUGUCAGAAAUCAGCAAGCUGUAGCUAGCAAUCUGGCUUUCUCAUGCAAAAAUAUUCUGCGUGCAUUCAGCAGUAAUCUCUCGGCCACCCGGGCUGUUUUGAAAGAAUAUACCCAUAGACCAAGGUCUGUUCGAUCUUUGAUUAGUGGCUGUGAAGAGAUGAAAGAUGUCAUGAUGGAGCGUCUUCUCACAACUCCUCUCGAAGCUGAGGAGAAAAUUGACUAUUUGGUGCAAGUGACACAGCGCGAACGACAUAAUGCAACCAUUAUUGAAAAACUGGAGGCAGAGUUGAAUGCUGCAAAUGAGGACAAAGAUGAAGAGAUCCGUAAGAAGAAUGAUGUCAUCCGAAGACUACAAGCUGAUCUUCACCAAAUUGAGAAGUUUUCUGAAGAGCACAUCCGGAGAACCAAGUCUGAGGCAGAGAAACAGGAGGCUGCUGAUCAGAAGAACAGUGAAGGGAAGAAGACUAAACUUCUUGGUGAAAUGAAUCAACUAAAGACCCAGUUACAGAACCUCAUCAGUGAACACCGAGAAGGAGAACAAGUUCUUAGAAAGAAAAAGUACAAGAUUGAAACAGAAGUUGAGAACUGGAUUCAGAAAUAUGACCAAGAUAUGGGAGACAGACAGGAUGAGUAUGAGGAAAUAGACCUUGUUUAUACUACGGAGAAGAAACAGUUGCACGAAUUGGAAGAACGCUUCAAGACGCUUGAAGAGGAGUACAAACAGAUUAUGGAGGAGAGACGUAUUGCAAGGGAGGCACGAGAGAAAGCCGAACAUGAGAUGCAACUCAUGAUACUCGCUUCAACAACCAUCCAGGCAUUCUGGAGAUCCUUCAAAGUCAGGAAGAUGCUCCGGGGUAAAAAGAAAAAGGGAAAGGGAAAAGGAAAAGGAAAGGGAAAGGGGAAAAAGAAAUAAACAAUGUCAUCCUACCUCUAAGUUGACCCAUUUCCUGGGCUGUGAUACCUCAGUGACACUUUCAUCUAAAUGUGGUUUUUGUAUUUUUUAUUAUGGCUGAUCCUCUUUCACGAGGCAUUUCUGUAAUCGAUCCACUCCAGUUUUACCUUACCUGCUGAACCUCUAUUUCUGUGAAGUUUAAGAUCCUGCUGGUGAAUUCACUCUUUUACUUCUGAUUUGAUUACCUGUGCAAGGGAUCAUUCCCUUCAGUUCAACAGAUGCUAAUUGAUUUUCACAAGUCCUUACUGUUGAUGUAUUCUUGAGCUAUUUACAUGUUUUUGUAAUGAUAACUUGUUGACUGCUGACCAGUUACAUGUCCCUGGAUAUGUGCUGCAAUAUAUUUGAUUCUUUACUGCUAAGAUAGUUACGAAGAUGUAACUACUAGUACUACCAGUUGUAUACAGUCAUUAGUAGACUUUGAUGGACCAAGUUGUCUUAUUCACUGUCUCUGGGAUCACUUUACAAGUACUAGCAAGACGUGACACCCUCUUGUCAGACACAUAUCUUGGGACUAAGACACAUGACACUGGCCACAUACCCUUGGAAGCUUUCUAUGUCAAUGCUGAAAAAGUCAACUUGUUCCCCUUUUCAGAUGUUAUAUACACUGCUGUAUGUUCUUGAUACCAAUCCAGGGGGUGUAUACAAAACCAAGACCUAAGACAUAAGACCUAAGACCUAAGAUCCCCCGAAGUACAAAACUAAGACCAGGUACAAAACUAAGAUCCCCGAGGUACAAAACUAAGACCCAAUUCCAAACUAAAAUUUUGAAGAAAAAUAUCAGAGUCUUAGUUUUGUACAUCAGGGGAUCUUAGUUUUGUACGUACAAAACUAAGAUCCCCCGAGGUACAAAACUAAGACCCAAUUCCAAACUAAAAUUUUGAAGAAAAAUAUCAGAGUCUUAGUUUUGUACAUCAGGGGAUCUUAGUUUUGUACGUACAAAACUAAGAUCCCCCGAGGUACAAAACUAAGACCCAAUUCCAAACUAAAAUUUUGAAGAAAAAUAUCAGAGUCUUAGUUUUGUACAUCAGGGGAUCUUAGUUUCCAAAUUCUGCCCCUCUUUCGAAUUCAUUUUGAUGUAGCAAUAUCACCUUUAAGAUGCAUGCAGUUGCUCCAUCUGAAUAAUACCUCCAUAUGCACUAUGCAGGCACGACCGGUCAUCACUCUAGCAUAUACUCUAGCAUAUACGGCCUCCAUCUCCUGAUCCCCUGAUGUACAAAACUAAGACUCUGAUAUUUUUCUUCAAAAUUUCAGUUUGGAAUUGGGUCUUAGUUUUAUACCUCGGGGGAUCUUAGUUUUGUACGUACAAAACUAAGAUCCCCUGAUGUACAAAACUAAGACUCUGAUAUUUUUCUUCAAAAUUUUAGUUUGGAAUUGGGUCUUAGUUUUGUACCUCGGGGGAUCUUAGUUUUGUACGUACAAAACUAAGAUCCCCUGAUGUACAAAACUAAGACUCUGAUAUUUUCUUCAAAAUUUUAGUUUGGAAUUGGCCUCCCCGGGUCUUAGUUUUGUACCUCGGGAUCUUAGUUUUGUACCUGGGUCUUAGUUUUGUACUUCGGGGGAUCUUAGGUCUUAGGUCUUAUGUCUUAGGUCUUGGUUUUGUAUACACCCCAAUCCAGGUGAUAUUUUUCAGUCCGUCCAGCCAUGAUGUAUUAAGUUUUCAACAUUGUAAAUAUUUUGUACAUACUAUAGGAAGUGUUCUCCGUGUAUGAUUAUUCUCUAUAAUGAAGAUCUUUGAUAAAAAAGCCUGCUUCAGUUUAAAGUAAUUUGUUCUUAUAUAAGACUGCUUUAGAAUGAGAGAUUUUACUCAUAGACUUGUUACAUUUUCUAGUCUUGUAUGAUUGUAAAACGUUCACUUAUGAAUUCCGUCCUUUAUCCUUGGAUCAUUUUGUUUCACUGCUGAUACAGCUUGUACAAGACAAGUGGUGAUUUCACUACCGUACUGUUGAUUUAAUUUUUGUAAAUAAAACAACAUCUCCAUCAGUGACAUUUAUUUCUAAAAGUAGAUAUGCAAUGUUGAAUAAAUUAUAUUGAAGUAAAAGUUGGCCGGAAUCUGUAUA